AUGUAGGAACCAAAGGCAACCACAAUUAAAGAAGCAUUAGCCAGAUGGCAGGAAAAAAACAAAAUACCACUCGCAGAAGCUUUAUAUGUUGGUUUGCAAUUCCAAUGGCCACCAAUUGAAAAGAUGGAUGCUAACUUAGGCGCUUUAAAGAAUUGCGAAAAAUUAUCAUUGAGCACAAAUUGUAUCGAAAAAAUAACUAGUCUUGACGCUUUAAGAAACUUAAGAGUAUUAUCAUUGGCACGAAAUAACAUAAAAAGUUUCACUGGGAUAGAGAAAUUGGCUGAUACUUUAGAAGAAUUAUGGAUAUCUUAUAAUUAUAUUGAAAAACUGAAAGGUAUUAUGGGCAUGAAGAAACUGAAAGUGUUGUAUAUGGGUAAUAAUUUAGUCGACAGUUGGAAUGAGGUGCAAAAACUUUUAAAAUUGGAAACUCUUCAAGAGCUAGUACUGACCGGUAAUCCAAUACAAGAGUCUAUGGAAGAAACUAUUUGGCGUACUGAAUGCGUUAAGAGACUAACGCAAAUAUCAAUAUUGGAUGGAAUUCCUAUCAUAAGAGAAUAA